CUUGAUCUAAGGCCACCAUGUCCAACAAAACAAAAUCUCAGACGACGCAGCAUCAAGAGAAGCAAAUACAACAACCACAGCCGCAGCAGCAACAACACCAGCAACAGCAAGCAACAGCAGCAGCAGCAGCAGCUGCAACAGCAUCAUCUUCUGAAACAACAAUCUAUUGGGCAGCUUCCGCCUCAGUAUCAGCCGCCGCCUCAGCCCACUAUUGGUAUCCUAAAGAAUUCGACAGGUAUCGGCAACAACCCAAAUGCCCUUUUGAACAGCUACCCCCAGUCACAGCAACCCCAGCGGGUGACCAACAUCAAAGAUGCCCAGGCAAAGUAUCUGACUAAAUUAGAUAGUCUCGGCAACCAGCCAAUGGUUCUCGGAUCAGCCGGUAAAGCUCCAGCUCACUCUUAUUAUCCCUCGAAAAUUUCCCCCGGACAAUUUUUGCCGUCAAGCAGUAGCAGCAGCAGCAGCUAUCCCGGUGGUAAUAUUAUUAUUCCAAAUACUGGCAAACAGAGAAUAAGCGACGAAGAAUUUAUGCGACUCAGUCCUGUGGAAAUGCUCAAGUUUGUCAGAAAAACUGAGAGUGAUCUUGCUAGAAUUGUUACUGAGCAAAAUCGACAGAUACAAAAUUUGCUCGGUGAAUUGCGGUCAUUAAAAGAAGCUAAUCAACGAUUAAGCGAUGACAAUCAGGAAUUAAGAGAUUUGUGUUGCUUUUUGGACGACGAUCGUCAAAAAGGGCGAAAACUAGCCCGGGAAUGGCAGCGGUUUGGCAGAUACACUGCUAGUCUUUGUUUGUACCUGGACGAAGAGCGAGGAAGUGGCGGUGCCCAGAGAGAUGACGGCGAUGGAUCUAGCUCGAGUACAAAUGCUGAAGAAACAACCGCGGUACCUCCACCACCACCACCCGCUCCGCCGCGUCAAGUUCGGCAUACUUCUUUUUUUAACGAUGAAACGAUGCAAUACGUGCGGAGUCUUGAGCAAAGAGUGAAACAGCUUGAGGAAGACAAAAGCAUGUUGCAGGCAAGAGCCCAAACGUGGGAGGCCGAGAGUCGGGAUGCGCGUUGGGAGACCGUAAACGACAGUGACAAUCCUCAUAAUCUUCAUGGUGGAAGUGGACGUCCCGAGGCUGUUGUUCAAGCACUUCAGGUACUUGAAGUAAGAGAACAAUUAGAAAGGGAUGCUGGCCAUAAUCCUACUGAAAAAGCACUCGUACGAGAGAUGUGUAAUGUCGUAUGGCGAAAACUGGAAGAAAGUCCACAUAUGAGACGUUAA